AUGUUAGAUCAAAUACCUUUAUAUCUUAUAAAAUGUUAUAUAUUAUCAAAUAAAGAUAUUUCAUGGUUUGACAGAAUCAGUGUUAGUCUAUUAUGUAAGACUUUGUUUGUCAAUAGAUCGCAGUAUUUGGAAUACGACCCAAAAGAUAUUAAAGUUAAAGAUGUCAGUAAACUAUCGAUGAAAUCAUAUUCAUCGAUGUUUGAAUAUGCAUUAUCAUUACACAACAACAGAUCAAUGAAAUACUCUGAUUUCUUGGACGUUGUGCAAGACAAUGAAGAGAGUAAUGACCCUUUUAUUCUUAAGAAUUCUACAUACGAUUAUAAAGUCCUGACUACAAAAACAGACAUGUUAUCACAGUUAACAGCCAACAGCAAUAUUAAGUUAUUAAAUGUUGAUUCCAUAGGAUUUCCAAUGUCUUUGGCCAGUACAAGCUUGGUUUGUAUUGAAUUUGGCAAAGUAGAGGGACUCUAUCUGAGAAGUGGUUUAUUCCCAGAGACUCUAGAGGAGUUGCAUUUGCCACAUGCCUACAAUAGUGAAAUCAGAGUCGGUGUAUUUCCAAGGUCAUUGAAGAAAUUGGUAUUCGGAUUUGACUUUAACCAACCGUUGGAAGCCGGAAUAUUUCCAGAGGGUCUACAAACCAUUGAGUUUGGAUUCCUAUUCGAUCAACCAAUUGGAGAUGGACUUUUACCGAAUUCAUUGGAGAAUCUGACAUUUGGAGGUAGUUUCUCUUGGGAAUUCGAUCGUCAAUCUCAAUUUCCUUCGAAUCUGAAAGCAUUGUGUUUCCAAGCGCCAGAUAUCGCCAGACUGGAAUAUCUACCAGCCACGUUACUAAAGCUCAAAAUGAACAUUAUUGCAAGAAGUGAUGCCGAAAACCGUAUUUUCCUUCCUAAUCUUUUGGGACAAACUCCUUGUCUUGAGGAACUUAUUUACUGGCCUGCCAAUUUCACUUUUAUGAUUCCGAGCACUGUCAAGUCGCUUCAACUCAUAUGUUCAGCUGACAAUACAAUAGAAAACAUUCCAGCUUCAGUUAGAUCGCUCGUUCUAUUGAAUAAAAUCACCAGUCAGCUUGCCCAUGUCAUCCCACCAACUGUCACAUCGUUGUCCUUCGCCAGAGAGUUUACCAACUCUGGUUUGCUCGAAUCUUCAUUCUUGCAAAGCGGUCUUAGAGUUUUGCAUCUUGGUAAACACCAUGAGCCAAUCAAGUUUGAAUCGAAUACACUUCCCGAUACACUUGAAGAGCUCUAUAUCUAUGCUGGUGUAGUAGAGAAAUUCCAAAAGAAUUGCUUACCUCAUUCUCUUAGAAUUCUCUCUAUCAACAAUACUAAAUAUCGUCACGCGUUUGAAGAGGAUGUACUUCCACCAAACUUGGAAGAGUUGCAUCUUUUGGUAAAAGAAGAUAUCUCUCUUGACUUGGCAGCCUUACCUUCUUCUCUCAAACUCUUGGAACUAUCAGAUUCAUACUCUAAAGAAAUAGUAGAUUCAACUUCAAAUAAUAAUAAUGAACAACUACAACAAAUCAAUAGUAAUAAUAACAGAUUGACUUUGGAAGUUGGAAUAUCAUUCUUUGCUUUCAAUAACAAAAUUGAAACAUUACCAAAGUCAAUUGACAAAGUUAUUAUUAACACUGAUUAUGCCAAUCAAUAUACAAUUAAAAGGUUCGAUGGAAAUACCUUUUUAGCAAUGGAUUUUUGUGAUGGUGGAUUCGUAACCUCAACAACCAAAUUACAACAAAUGUUAAUUUAA